AUGAGGUCCAUCCAGAUUUUCACUCUUUGCGCCGCUUUGUGUAUCAGCUCAGCCCAUUUUACGCCCGAACUCGAUGAUGCCAACCGUCGAGUUGUUGGUGGUUCCGAUGCUGCCCCAGGUUCCUUUCCGUACCAGGUUUCUCUCCAAGGAUUGUUCGGACAUUCGUGUGGUGGCGCCAUCGUUGACCGACAGUGGGUACUCACCGCUGCUCACUGUGUUCAAUUUUCGUCACCAAAGCUGAUGAAGGUUCUGGUGGGCACAACGCAGCUCAACGCUGGUGGUCAACGUUACGGGGUGGAACAGUUCUUCACGCACAGUCGGUACAACACACCGAAAUUCCACAACGAUAUUGCACUGGUAAAGUUAAACACGACACUAGAGUACAGCGAUUUCGUACAACCCAUCCCGUACUCCGAACGCGAACUACCGGAAAAUGCAACGCUUAGGAUGACUGGCUGGGGAUUGCUGUCUACGAUCGGACCAGUUCCUAACAACCUUCAAACGAUUGAAUUGAAGUACGUACCGUACGAGGAAUGUAAGCGUCUGCUCGAGGACGAUGUAGUCGACAUUGGACACGUGUGUACACUAACGAAGGAAGGAGAAGGUGUAUGUUUUGGUGAUUCUGGUGGACCGCUUGCUUUCGAAGGUAAGGUUGUGGGUGUCGCUAACUUUGCCGUCCCAUGCGCCAAAGGUUUUCCGGAUGGUUUUGCCCGCGUGUCAUAUUAUCACGAUUGGAUUCGAACGACAAUGGCCAAUAAUUCAUAGACAACAGUGCAAUAACAUUCGUUUCUUUCGCAUCGAUUU